AAAUAAAAUAAGAUUUUAGAUCUCAAAGCAUAAUUUAAUGUUAAUCUAAAUGUUGUGGGCUUUGGCCCAGUUCAGUUUGAGCAAGCUCAUAUCGCUCAGUUCAAAAUUCCAGUCCAGCUCCAUUCAUAUGUUUUGACGAAAAAACCCUCUCAAUCUCCGAGUUAUUACCUGUACCAUCGCCUUCCUCGUGUUCUGAUUCUGAAUUCUGAUAUUGCGAAAAAUUAUGCUUUGUAUUUGAUUUUCGAGUUGUUAAGAUUCCAGUUUAAAUUGGAUUCUCUAUUAGGGUUUUGUUUAAGUUGCUUGCUUGAUGAGAUGCUCGGGGCAAAGGCUUUGGAUAAGUAUUGGCAGCGAACCACAGUUAUCCUCAAAAGCUUAACAUCUUCUGGAACUUGCAUAGCCAUGGCAAACGAGGUUGAACGCAGCAGUUUUCGAGAAAUUGAAGGUUUCAAAGAGGGGUAUUUUACAGAGUCGGUGUCUUGGCGGGGACAAACAAGGAGUGUGUAUCAGGAAGAUUUCUUGAAUCACAAACAUGGGAGCUUGACAAGGAACUGCACGGCACCUGGUAAUAUUGGUGAUUCUGGGUAUCGGUCAAUUCGUCAAUAUAGUUCAUAUGGCAAUGAUAGAUUUACAAGUAAGCUUUUAGGAACCCUUCCUCGAUAUGUGAAGAUAGUCGAAGUUGGUCCACGAGAUGGAUUGCAAAAUGAGAAGGAUACAGUAUCAACGGCUGUAAAGGUUCAGUUGAUAAAGAUGCUAGUUUCUUCAGGGUUGCCUGUUGUUGAGGCUACAAGUUUUGUCUCGCCAAAAUGGGUACCACAGCUUGCAGAUGCAAAGGAUGUAAUGGAAGCAGUUCGAGAUGUUAAAGAAGCUAUAUUACCGGUCUUAACGCCUAAUCUAAAAGGUUUUGAAGCAGCUGUUGCGGCUGGAGCCAAGGAAGUGGCUGUCUUUGCUGCGGCCUCUGAGUCCUUUUCAAAGUCAAACAUCAAUUGCACCAUUGAAGACAGUCUUAAUCGUUAUCGUGAUGUCGCUCAUGCUGCUAGAAAGCUGUCACUUCCUGUUCGUGGAUAUAUAUCAUGUGUUGUGGGGUGUCCAGUUGAAGGAAUGGUAUCUCCAUCACAGGUGGCAUAUGUGGCCAAAAAGCUUUUUGAUAUGGGUUGCUAUGAAAUUUCUCUCGGGGACACAAUUGGUGUUGGAACUCCUGGCACUGUCAUUCCAAUGCUUGAAGCUGUUAUGGAUGUUAUCCCAAUUGAUAAGCUUGCUGUCCAUUUUCAUGACACUUAUGGGCAAGCUCUUUCAAAUAUACUCGCUUCACUCCAGAUGGGGAUCAGCAUAAUUGAUUCAUCUGUCGCUGGACUUGGGGGUUGUCCUUAUGCUAAGGGUGCUUCCGGGAACGUUGCUACUGAGGAUGUUGCGUACAUGCUUAAUGGACUUGGGAUAAAAACCAAUGUGGAUCUUGGGAAACUUAUAUUAGCUGGGGAAUUCAUUUGCAAACAUUUGGGACGACAAUCUGGUUCAAAGACGGCAACUGCACUGUGUAAAACCCCUGCUUGUGCCUCGAAGCUUUAAGCAGGAGUAACAUUGGAAGACACUUUGGUUAACUCUGUGGAAGAGAGAGAGAGAGAGGGAGGGAGAGAGAGAUCUAUUCUGGUAUUUUGUGCAAUCUUGGAAGCAACUUCAAGGAAGAGAACUUACCUCUGCUGCCAUCACUAGAAGAAAACUGGGUUAUAACUGCAAAUCAAUGGCAUUUUCUUUUGGAAAUGACCAAUUAUUGUAGACCCAGAUAAAAGAUGAGAGCUGAGAUUAGUUUUGACUAAGAAUUAAUGUGUAUUUGAAUCAUGAUGAUGAAUGACAUUGAUGUGUGAGACUGAGUAGUCUGGCUUGGUUGGUUAUUGAAUUGUUCAUUCAGAAUUUCA